AUGUCCGAACCAGGCCCCGAGUCCAUCCCUACAAGCGCCGACCCGCGCAGCAAACGGCCCACCAAACGCCGCGCCAUAACCCCCGUCUCCGAACACGCCAACCAAAUCGAAACCCUAUUCAAAGAUCCCUCAAAGGAGCUCCGUCUCCCCAACGCCCCCAAAGAACGCACCUCAUCCUCGCUCGCCCCGCCCCCAGAAAUCGUUGCCAAUGUGCAAGGUUCAUCCGCGGGUGCAGGCUCCGGCGAGUUCCACGUUUACAAAGCGAGCCGGCGACGCGAGUACGAGCGCCUGCGGCUGAUGCAGUCCGAGGUCGACAAGGAGAAGGGGAAUGCGGAGUGGGAGAAACAGCGGGAAGAGGCGAGGCGGAAGGAUGAGGAGAAGACGGAGAAGAAUCGGCGGAGGAGGGAGAAGAAGCGUGCGGCGCGGAGUGGGAAUAAGAAGGAUAAGGAUGGUGGGAAUGGGGGGAUGGAUGUUGAUGGGCCAUCGAUUAAAGGGCCUUUGCCUCCGAGUCGGGAUAUGGAUCAUACUACUGCGGAUGGUGGUGAGGGACAUCCGACGGCAGAGGUGCCCGGUGUGAUUAUCCAUGAUGAAGAUUGA